GUGGUGAUGUGUGACUCAUACUACAAAGUACUAAUUAAUUAUACAUAUACAUCAUCCUCCCAAACAACAAACCAACUAAGGGGAGGAAAUCUAUAUUUCAUCUUUCCUACAGUAUUGUGUUGUUAUAAUUUCGUGAGAGAAGAGGAAAGAAAUUAAAAAAAAAAGAUGAAUGGGAAAAUUCUUGUCUCUGGUGUUUCCCUCAUCCUGGUGGUGGGUGUAGCCAUCGGUGUUGUGGUCGUGGUUAACAAAAAGGACACAUCUGAUCCUCAAGUAGCAACUCACCAAAAAUCGGUGAAGCUAAUGUGCGAGGGCACAGAGGACCCUAAGCUAUGUCACGACACUCUCAACACUGUGAAAUCUGAGAACGCCUCAGAUCCAAAGGUUUACAUAGCAGCUGCGGUGGAAACAACCGUGAAGAGCGUAAUCCAAGCGUUGAACAUGAGCGACAGGCUCACAGUGGAACAUAGCGACAACAACCCGGGCCUCAAAAUGGCUUUGGACGAUUGCAAGGACUUGAUCGAGUUCGCGAUGGACAGCAUCGAGUCCUCCAUUAACCUUGUUCGAGAUAGCAACAUUCAAUCGCUGCAUAACCGUGCUCCUGACUUUAGAAACUGGUUGAGCGCCAUAAUCUCGUACCAACAAUCAUGCAUGGACGGUUUCGACAGUGGCAAAGAGGGUGAGGAGAAGGUUAAGGAAGAGUUGCACACACAAAGUUUGGACCAAAUGGGGAAACUCACCGGCAUAAUCCUUGACAUUGUCACUAACUUAUCAAAAAUCCUUAAGAGUUUUAAUUUGAAGCUGGAUUUGAGUCCCGCUUCCCGUCGUCUUCUGGAAGUUGAUAACGAAGGGUUUCCUACGUGGUUCUCUGCUGCAGAUCGCAAGCUCCUUGCUAAGGUGGAACAAGGAGAUGCUCCGCCACCAAACGCAGUGGUUGCUAAGGAUGGUAGUGGUAAAUUUAAAACCGUUAAGGAGGCUAUUGACUCCUACCCUAAUGGCUUCGAAGGUAGGUUUGUUAUUUACGUUAAGGCUGGAACCUAUGACGAGUACAUCACCAUUCCUAAGAAGUCCGCAAAUAUUCUCCUCUACGGUGAUGGCCCCGCAAAGACCAUUAUUACCGGUAGCAAAAACUUUGUAGAUGGUGUCAAGACAAUGCAAACUGCUACCUUCGCCAACACAGCACCUGGAUUCAUCGCAAAGUCGAUAGCGUUCGAGAACACAGCUGGUGCAAAGAAGCAUCAGGCAGUGGCAUUCAGAAACCAGGGAGACUUGUCAGCGUUAUUCGACUGCGCCAUGCGAGGUUACCAAGACACGUUGUACGUUCAUGCAAACCGUCAAUUCUACCGAAACUGCGAAAUCUCGGGCACCAUAGACUUCAUCUUCGGUGCAUCUGCAGCCCUGAUCCAGAACUCUAAAAUCAUCGUGAGGAUGCCAGAACCUAACCAGUUCAACACAGUGACUGCAGAUGGGACGAAGCAGAAGAACAUGGCCACAGGGAUUGUUAUUCAGAACUGCGAGAUAGUGCCAGAGCAGGCUCUGGUCCCUUCGAAGUCCCAAAUAAAAUCAUAUUUGGGAAGACCGUGGAAGCAAUUUUCGAGAACAGUGGUUAUGGAAUCAAACAUAGGUGACUUUAUUCAGCCAGAAGGGUGGACUCCGUGGGAUGGUGACAUGUAUCUUGACACGUUGUACUAUGCUGAGUACGCUAAUACUGGACCUGGUUCUAAUGUUCAAGGAAGGGUGAAGUGGAAGGGUUACCACCCCAAUAUUCCUAAGAACGAAGCACAGCAAUUCACUGCUGGCGAAUUCCUCAGAGGUGGAACUUCUGGAAAUGCUGAUGAUUGGUUGAAAGCCACGGGAGUUCCUUACACCAUUGGCUUCACCAAAUAAUUAGCUUGAAUUGGAUCUUAGUUGUGAAUUAAGUUACUUGAUAUUAUUGUUGUAAUUAUAUAUCUGUCUAACUAUUUAGAAUAAACUAGCUUUGUUUUCAGCUAGCUAGCACAGCUGUUGUGCUUCUACUCCCAAGCUUGGGUACAAUCAUCUUGUACAUGUGGUUUGUAAACAAGAGAAAACUGUACAGCUAAUAUAUUAAAUUUUUACUCGAA